CAAGGUCAGCCCCGCGUGCAGGCGGGUGGCGAGGCGGCGGCGCGGCGACGCGCUGCGCUCUUGAAAUUUCGCUUUCGUUCACUCGCGGUUAUUAGUCGGCCGCGCGCGCUCCGGCAAGCAUGUGUUUCGCGUGACGCGCUCCACUAUUUCUACGCGCACGUUCGAUUUCGUUGGCAAUGGCACCGCGCCGGCAAGGCGCUACCGGCGAACGCGAGCCGGACGACACCCGCGGGUGCUGCGUCCCCGGCGAAUGCCUUCGUCCCCGGGAGACUGUACGCGUCGAAGAUGCAGUCCGCGUGCUAUGCAACAAUGACACGUGCGCCUCCGGCCGGUACAUGCACCGAGAGUGCUUCGAGCAAUGGGAAGCCGGCGUGCUCGCCUAUCUGAAAUCCUGUGGCCGGGCACGCUCUUGGUCUGAAAGACAGCGACAUCAGAAUCUUUGGACGAAGAAGGGUUAUGAUUUGGCGUUCAAAGCGUGCGGAUGUCGAUGCGGGCGCGGGCAUUUAAAGAAAGAUCUUGACUGGGCGCCACCGGGAGCGAUGGUGAGGGCCGAAGACGACAAGAAGAGACGCCGAAGGGCGAGAUCUGGACGAGCACCGGCGGUGGCCGACGGGCGAAGCAGAGCAUUCAGUUUAUCAAGUUCGGGGUCCUGUUCACCUCCUUCUGCUCCUUCGGAGCCGUCUGCCAGUCCCACUCACGCUCCUGGACAUGCUGUGACGCCGGCCAAGAGAAACUCUAAACCUGAGAUCGUGUCUGACAGGGUCAGGGCUGGUGCGGGCGCAAAUGGCAUAUUUUCCAGAAGACUGGAUUUCUCCACUUUCAAUUUGCUGCCGAAGUACAAAGUCAAUUCAUAUCAGAUCAAGAUCGAGGAUGAAGGAAACCACGGCAAUGACGAGACGCGACUGUUCAUUCUCUCCACUUUGGCUGGUCAACACAAGCCAAGAGUAUCUUGUGCUCUGUGCAAAGAAACUCUCCACGUAUUCGACCGGUAUCCGUUGGUCGAUGGCACUUUUUUCCUCACUCCAUUGCAACACAGCAACGGCGCUGUUGAGGUGAAAGUCGAGGGUCGUACGCAGUAUUUAACAUGCGUAUGCAUGGGUUGCCUUGAGCGAUGUGAUCCUGAGCGCACCAUCAGGUGUCGGUUUUGUGGACAGAAAUGGGACGGCUCAUCUCUCGUACUGGGCACCAUGUAUUCAUAUGACAUUUUUAUGGCCACGCCAUGCUGCGCUGAACGAUUGAAGUGUAACACUUGCUACAAGCCGCUCCUGCAUCCUCAUCAACGGCUGAAUUACUCCGACUAUUCGCAUCCACUGACGUGCCCACACUGCCGUACACUCGACGCGCACUUCGUGAAGCCAAUCGCCUACUGCUUCACAAAACGGGCCUUCCCAAUCUAUCAGCAGUGGCCAUAACAGUCGGCGGUGCCGGGACACUCUCCCGGCACCCCUCCUGCGUCUGUUGACACCUGGAAUGUUACUCCAUCGCCUCCUCGGCGAGCGUCGCCCCCUGCUUUACGCCCUGUUAUUAAUAC